AUGAACAUAACAAGAAAUACAAAGAGAAGAGAGCUUUUAGAACAAUUAGAAUUUGCCCAAGAUCUUCAAUCCGAAAAUCACAAUACUAAAUCAGAGAUUACAAUUCUUCAAGAUAAAUUCAGUAAAGAAUCUUUCAACAUUGGCCAUGAUACUCUAGUUGGUGUAUCAAAAGUUUCACCGAGUUCUCGUGCUAAUAGUUCACCAAUCAUCUCAUUGAAUACUUCAGAAGAAAUCAAUGGUUAUAGAAUCAAAGAGAUUGAACAUGUAUUUGAAAGUUAUAGAAUUGCAAAAGAGAGAGAAUUUAGCAAUGGAAAAAGAUUUAAAAACCAAACAGUUUAUAGAAAGUCAAAUAAAUAG